UAUCGAUAAGGAUGACUGAAGAUCAAACUACAAACAAAAAUUCCCAUGAAUCACAAUAAAACAGGCGAAGAAUACUCAUCGCUUAACGUACUUCCCUACAGUAAUAUUCAUACAGAUUAUACAGAGCUAGGUUGAAUAAAGUCGACACGAAAGGGGGAAAUGAUUUGAAAUAUUGACACCGUUCAAUGGUCAUCUCGAAACUAAAUAAUCGUUUAAUAAGAUAAACUUCCAUAUUACGACGACAGCAUCAAACAUGAGACAAAAAUUGAAGAAAAUCCUGCAUGCUGCAUUUAUAAUGCCAUGGACAACUGGUUUAAUUAAAGAAUAUCGUAACGGUGGUUUUUCAAAACAUGACGGCAGCAUUGCUGGAGUAGUUAUUUUGACAACAAUAAUCAUCAUGAUAUUCGAACUUAUGGUUUUCUUCCCUAAAACGACUUCUCGAAUAGUCAUGACUGUUUUGUUGAUCAUCGCAAUAUUCACAUUGAUAUCCAUGAGCCUUUCAGCUUGUAAGAAUACACACUGGACAGUACCAAGAAUGUCAAAAGGCAGUCACAGUUUGAAAUUGAAAUUCCUUUGGCUAUUUUGUGUAGCCAAUAUUACCUUUGAAGUAGUGAAAUUUGCAAUUUAUAGCAAAUGUGACCAACUUCCAGAUGUUCUACUGUUUUAUAUUUCAACUUGGAUAUUUCAAAUUUUGCAAACAUUCUUCCUUCAUUACUUUUCCAAAUUCACAUUCAAUAAUAUACUGUGCCUCUAUUAUGGAUUUCUUGUUCUGGUUGUUACAAAUUUUUCACUGUGGACACAUCGAACUAUGUUUACAUAUUAUGAAGCCAAAUCAUUUUUAAACAUCAGUGACAUCAGUGGAAAUGUAUGUAAUGAUACAAAAUCUUUUGUUCCGAUGGAGAAGUUUAAACCAUUUUUAGAUCCAGUGUCUUUAGAGUAUUGUCUUUUGUGUGUAAUACUUCUAUCUGAGAUGUGGCCGAGAGCAAAGUAUCCCGAACAUCAAAGUCGACAACUACAAGAGUCCUCUUCAAAGGAAGAAACAGAAGAACAUCAGUGGUUAUUGCGUUGCAAUAGCAAUGUUCCGACUAGAACAGUUUGGAAUAGAAAAUCAAUUAUAGUUUUGUUUAUUGGUGUCUUGUAUAUGAUUGUAUUUCUUGUUAUACAGACAUUAUUUCUUAACAUUGAUCAACUGAGAAAAAAUUACUUGCACGUAGCGUUCGUAUUUUAUGUUUGUGGAAAUUUCAUUCGGAUACCGCUUACCAUAAAGUGUUUUUACGCAUUUUCUGCACAACUCCGUCCUAAAUCAAAUGUUCAAACGGUCACGGAUAUGAAACAUGUAAUUAUCGUAGUUAGUUCAAUGGCUACAUGUGGAUAUAUUAUAGCAGAAUGUGUAGAGAAUCUACGCCACGGUGAAGUGAAAAUCAUACUUAAUGCCAUUUUCCGUUAUGCAAACGUCCUUUAUUUUGCAAAUGAAACAGUACAAACGAGUAGACAGAACAAACACUAUAACGUCUAUACAAAAUACAUUUUUAUUCAUGUGCUGCAUAAACUUCAGUUUUUGGUUUUCAUACACCUUUAUAUCACCGCAGUAUACUGUCAGAUUGCAUAG